GAUACCAAAAACCUCCAGGCGACCUAUACAAUUUUUUGAAGCUGAGAAUCAUCAAAGAGAGCUGUGGGGCAUGCAUUCGGCCUUUGCCACACGUAAACGGGCAUUUUGUUGAUUUAAAAUCAUUACAGACUCUCUAGGACGGUGGUGGAACGGGGCUAAACAGCUAGCUAGCGAUAUUGAGCAGAACAACAACUGAGCUUGCUUAUUUGUCAAUUACUACGUUCUAACGUAAUCAACGAGAGAAAUGUCUACCGAGCCCACUAUCACCACACCGGAGAUGGCCAGGGGGCCCCCGAGUUCAUUCGAUGGGGUUUUAAAGAAGAUUAUGGAAAUGCCUCCGCCGAAUAUUCUGGACGGCGACGACGACACUGACAAGGAAAAGCUGGGUCUGGGAGACAAUUUUGACCUGCUUGGAAGAGAAAGCGAUAUGGGUCCUUCAGCCGCCCUGACCCCUGCUAUUUGGGAGAAAACCAUUCCCUAUGAUGGUGAAAACAUUCACUUGGAGUACAUGGACCUUGAGGAGUUCCUCGUGGAAAAUGGCAUUGCCACCUUGCCUGACAUGAACCCCCUAAAGGGCAUCCCAAAAGGAGAUGUCAUCAAGACAGAGAAAGUAAAGGAUACCCCCUCUGCACAGAUGAAUGUUGCCAAGCCUGCAAGCGUGUCCCCACUGGCCCUGCUACCCGUUCAGGAAUUGGAGCAUUGUGAGGAAGAAGUGGUGACCACCACUGAUGACUCUUAUAUCAUCUGUGAUGUUACUGCUGAGGUGACAACCGAAGAGGACAGAACGACCCCCGAGGCCGUCAACCCAGAGGAGAUUGAGGUCAAUGUUAACUACGAGCCAGAUCCCACGGACCUAGUCCUGUCCAGUGUGCCCGGAGGCGAGCUGUUUAACCCUCGCAAACACAAGUUCUCUGACGAUGAUCUCAAGCCACAGCCUAUGAUAAAGAAGGCCAAGAAGGUGUUUGUGCCGGAAGAACAGAAGGAUGACAAGUACUGGCAGAGGAGGAAGAAGAACAACGUGGCGGCCAAACGCUCCCGCGAAGCCCGCAGGUUGAAGGAGAACCAGAUCACUGUCCGAGCAGCUUUCCUCGAGCGCGAGAACGCAGCGCUGCGGACAGAAGUCGCCGAGCUACGGAAGGAGUGCGGGCACCACAAGACCACAGCGAGUCGCUACAAAGCAAAAUUCGGACCACUGUAAGGGACCAUUAAAAAGCCAAACCACAAAACCGUAAAUGGACACCCGUACAGUAGACCGCAAAAUGUCAGUCACUCCGUCUUCACAUCAGUCAGGUCAGAAAUAUUCUCUGGGCACUGUUCUUAAAGCGGUCCUGAUUGUUGGUCAUGCAGCGAUCUGCGUGGGUUAUAUCGGCAGUCGGACCACAAAGUAGCCCCUCCUCUUGACCAGACCAGGGCAUCACUAUUAGAAAAGAAGUAGAAGCAAUAGCAUGUAAAUAUGUUUUAUUUUUUAAAGAAUACGAUUAACCAUCCAUGUGAGUGAGGAGUGGGAGGAUAUCAAAGUGCUUCUUCAAAGCAUGUCUUUUAUGAAGUGUACUUUCAUCAUGUCUUGUGUGCCUUUUGGCCAAAAGAGAUCAUUUGGGGUGUUUAUUUUGAAGAAACUGGGUUUUGUUUUUACUUUUUAGAAGAUAGAACACUUGCAGUAGUUUAGACUAGAUCCGUCAAUGUGUUAUUGGAGAAAUUAAGGGAUUUGCAGGUUGCUUCCAGUUCUUUCCAAUUUUAUUGAAUUCUGAAACCCACCUGUCCGAUUUUUUUUUUUAAAUAUAUGUUGUGUUAAGAGCUGGCCUUUUCUUUGCCCACAAAACACUGUCAACUGUGACAUUUCCAAUAAUUUCAGCUACUUUAGGGGAUUACAGUGACGUGGCAAAAAAAAUAAAAGUGCAGCCAUGUUCUGUUCUGUCAGUGGCCGAGCGCUCGUCAUUACCAGCAGCACAGAGCCACGCGCUGCCGCUCGGCCCUCGGUCUCAGUCUGUCUCACGGCCGCUUGUGGCCUCAUGUCACUGACGCCUACUUAGUCCUCUGCAGGUCGUCCGUUAAAGUCACUGACGUUCAGAACUGUCGUGUGUAGAAUCCCUUGGUGCAUGUAGGCCUACUGUAUGUAGUUGUAGCCUUAGAUACUUUGUAGACUUUUCCGCCAUUUUACAGUGUAUUUAGUAUCAUGGGACAUUUAAAAAUCCAUAAACAGUGCAAAUUAAGUUUUUGAACAACUUUUUGGGAUAGAUUUCAAGCAAUGAAUGUGUAACUUUAUUGUAAAUUCUGGUAAAAAAAAAUUAACUGUAAGAGCUUACCAUCUAUCCCUGAAGAGCUGACAUUUGCCUCUAUAAUGGCCGAGUGCUUAUUGUCUCCAAAUGAACGUUAAAGGCAGGCUGUCGGAUGCCAACGUGACUGUAAUUAGUGCAUUAUUAAAACCAGCUGGAGGUGAAAUGUUUAUUGUUAAGCCUAAAACCUUACAUACAUGGCCAGUUGGAUCAGUUGUGAUACCAAUAUGGAGCAUGUUGUCUGCUACUAGACGUGUUUACAGAAGACGUAUUGACCUGUCAUAUAUGCUGUUUACACGUUCAAUGGUUAUUUUUGAAAAACGGAGACAUUUCCCUUCGUUUUUGCCCUUUGUUUAAACGCAAACUGAGAAUUUGCCUCUGAAAACGAGUCCUU